ACCAUGAAUCUAUUCUUCGUGUUUCCCAUCUGAUUACACCCAAUAGGUGUGUGAGAUUCUGGUAUGCGGCGUGUAUGGUAAAAUGACAUAUUGCAGUGUGUAGAUAUGAAAAAUGCCACUUUCAAGAUUCUAGGCAGUUUGUUGGUCGUGUCAAAAUUUGUCAGCGUGAUAUUGCUAUCCCAACAAUUGACUUUGAAUUCGAUGGGCAAUCCAUUCUUGAGUAAUGAGGCUCACUCAGAAAGUGAGGGCUCAUACAUUAAAACGUUUUACGAAGAAGUAAAAGAGUUGAAGUAUAUGUCAGGCGGCCACGGUAAGUUGCUGCCAGGUCCCCAAGCCCAGAUGGACAAGCUAGACCUUUGAUGAUAGUGAUGAUGAUGAAUUUGCGUGGUGGGCUCCAUCAUCUGUCACCUCAGCUUGGGUUGGACUCUCAGAAUCCCGGCGGCGGCCUGUAUCAUUCCAGGAACAGACGAUAAG